CAGCCGCUAAACCGGCUCAUUUACCUUAUUUCCAUACCGACAAACCCACUAUAAAACCAUUUUAUAACCCGCAUCUCUGCUAUCAGUACGUGUACACAGUUGCAUUCAUAUAGCGGAGCAGACAGUCAAGUUAAAAUUAUUAUUAAUCUACAAUGGAAGGAAACACAGACAAACCUAAUGAUUUUCCCAUUGAAAAUCUACCAUACGGAGUCUUUACCGGCCCUCUCAAUGAAACUGAGAAGCAUAUUGGAGUAGCUUAUGGAGCACAUGUUAUAGAUUUAAAUCACAUCGCUAAAUACUUCGACGGACCGCUUCUAAAGGAUCAACAACAUGUUUUUAAGCAAGAGAGCCUCAAUGCUUUUAUGGGCCUUUCCAAAGCACAUUGGUUGGAAGCGAGAGAGACACUCCAGAGACUCAUUAGGACUAAAGUUUUAUUCAGCGCUUCAGACAUCAAACGGCCCAUCGUACAUAUGAAGUUCGUUCAAAUGCACGUGCCCGUGGAUAUCGGGGACUACACGGAUUUCUAUUCGUCCAUCCACCACGCUACCAACGUGGGGAUCAUGUUCCGGAGCAAAGAGAACGCUCUUAUGCCCAACUGGAAAUACCUUCCGGUGGGUUAUCACGGACGGGCGAGCUCCAUCGUUGUUUCGGGGACACCUAUAACUAGGCCUUAUGGACAAACAUUGCCAGUUGAAGGAGCAGCUCCUCACUUCGGCCCGUGUCGUCUGAUGGACUUUGAGCUGGAGAUGGGGUGCUUCGUUGGAGGCCCGCCCACCGCCUUGGGCCAACGCGUUACUGCCCAGGAAGCAGAGGACAGGGUCUUCGGAUUCGUACUUAUGAAUGACUGGAGUGCCCGUGACAUCCAAAAAUGGGAGUACGUGCCUCUCGGUCCCUUCACGUCCAAGAACCUCGGCACCUCCAUCUCGCCCUGGAUAGUGACGGUGGAGGCGCUCCGCCCCUUCAUCUGCGACAACUUCCCGCAAGACCCGGAGCCCUUCCCGUACCUCAAGCAUAGCGAUAACUUCAACUUUGAUAUUAAGCUUGAAGUGGACUUGAAACCGGAGGACUCAUCAGCUUACACUACCAUUUGCCGAUCCAACUUCAAGUACAUGUACUGGACCGUGAAACAGCAGCUGGCUCAGCAGACCAUCACCGGCUGCAACCUGAAGCCUGGAGACCUGCUCGGCUCUGGAACCAUCAGUGGGGAAACUCCAGACUCAUACGGCAGCAUGCUGGAGCUGUCGUGGAAGGGCAGCAAGCCGAUCCGCCUGCUGAACGGGCAGGAGCGCAAGUUCCUGCAAGAUGGCGACACUGUCGUGCUCCGCGGGUACUGCGACAACGGACAACUGCGUGUUGGCUUCGGCUGCUGCGAGGGGAAACUGCUGCCCGCAAAGCCCUUCACUCAAUAAAUCAAUCAUGUAUACUGAAACACGCUCGAAGGCCAAUUAGUGAAGAUACUAAAGGUUCUUGGUAUUUAAAUUUGCUACUUUUUCUACUGACAAGGUCACUUUGCCAGAGUAUACUUGGCUAUACUUAACUUUAAUCAUGUUUAAUUACUUUUUCCUGCAUUUAGCCAGAUAUAUUUACAUUUAUUAAGUGUACCUGUGGAAUAUAAUAGUACCUAAUAGUAUAUAUCUUUUGUAUGUUAUUAAUAAAUGUUACGUUGAAU